AUCAAUCCCUUGCUAAGUUGCUAGUAAGUAGUAAUCAUCACUUAAUUAUCUCAAAUUAUGAAAACCUUGAAAAGAAAUCAUGUUACCAUUAUAAUCCUGGCUUAUUAUACCUUUUGUCUUCACCUCGUAGAAUCUUGUAAUCCAAUAGAUGAAGAGGCGUUGCUUGAAUUCAGACGUGGGGUCGAGUACGGGGCGGAGUACGAACUAGCGACUUGGGUCCCUAAGACCAAUUGUUGUUCAUGGUACGGCGUGGAAUGUGAUGUUUCCAAUGGAAGGGUUGUUAAAGUCUCUCCAUUCCGCCUUCCAAACCCUAUGGAUUUUGACAUUACUGUCUUUGUAAACGGUACACUUUCUCCUUUUCUUGGCAAUCUUACAUAUCUUAAAGUCCUUGACCUUUACCAUUUUCAAGAGUAUUACGAUACCAAACCAGAUGGAUUUAGAGGUCCAAUCCCAUCUCAACUAGGCCGAUUGUCAAAUUUGACUCAACUUUAUUUGAAUGGUAAUUUGUUAAAUGGUUCAAUACCACCGGCCCUUCAUUUGCGAACCUCCGUCGCCUAGAAAAUCUCUACCUUAGUUCCAAUAGACUCUCAGGUAAAAUACCUGACAUUUUUAGAUCAAUGAAGUCACUUUCAACAUUGAGUUUAGCCGGAAAUAAUUUUAGUGGCUCAAUACCAUCUUCCAUUAACAAUCUAAUAUCACUUAAUUAUCUCUUCCUUAACGAUAAUUUCCUCUCUGGAAAUAUUCUACCUACUAUUGGGAAACUUAAGAAACUCAAAUUUGUGGAUUUAUCAAAUAAUCAUAUUUUAUAAAUAAUCGUAUUAUAUUAGAUAGCAAUAUGAUUACGGGAAAUCUACCCUCAACAUUAGGAAAACUUACCACAAUAUCUACAAUAUUAUUGUCAAAUAACCGAUUUGUAGGUCAAAUACCUUCUAGUUUUGGCAAUUUUAAGGAGCUAUAUACGUUAAAUUUGUCUAGCAAUCAGCUCACUGGCAUGCUACCUCCGCAACUUGGUUACGCAACAUUGAUUUAUCAAGAAAUCAAAUCACGGGAAAGUUGCCUUCAACAAUGGGAAACAUCAAACAUGAUAUAUUUGGAGUAUCUUAACCUAUCCAAUAACAAACUUUACUCGACCAUUCCGACGGUGUUCAAGAAUCUUUCUCAACUGCAUACACUUGAUCUUCACUCUAACUUUUUUUAUGGCACAUUGCAAAUAUUAUUUAGUAAAACUGGAUCGUAUAUCUCCAUUGAUGUGUCUUACAAUAAGUUUACUGGUGGAAUUCAUGAAAAGAUAGGUCUCAAUCCUGCAAUGAGAUAUAUCAAUUCCUUGAUAUUGUCGAAUAAUCCAUUGGGAGGACCAAUACCAAAGUCGAUAGGUCAUUUGUCCCAAUUGCAAGUCUUGAAAAUGAUAAGUAAUCGACUAUCAGGGAAUCUUCCUCAACAACUUGGUUACAUUGCUCAGUUAACGACGAUGAUAUUGUUGUCAAAAAAUAAAUUGACGGCAAGUAUUCCGAAGAAUGUGUUCAACUUGAACAACUUACAAUGUACGUUUGAUGUCUCCAGAAAUCAACUUAGUGGCAAAAUUCCACCCCACACUUUGAAUAUUCCAGCUUCUGCAUUCUCGCAAAAUCUAAACCUUUGUGACACUCCGCUUCCUUCUUGUAAAAGUUUGUAAUAAUUGUAUAAACUUACAAAUACUUUUCAUGCCAAAUCAACAACUUUGUUAGAGUAUUCAAGUACAAUACUAAAGUUUCGUACUCCGUACUUAAUUAUUCGCUACUUAUUUAAUAAUUGCAAUUUCGUUUG